AUGAAGAAUUACAAGGCAAGCGGUUCGUUUGAGGACAAGAAAAAUCUUGGUGAAAGUUCGGGCAAAUCAGUAACCAUAAAAAUAGAUGAAGAUAUCCAACAAGUCGCAACAGACGAGCAUCAUGCCCGUCAAGCCGCGCAAAUCACCGGUGCAACUCCGUAUCACAUCGCCAAACAGCCGAAUAAGCAAACCGGUCAAGAAGUAACCCUAUCAACUUCGAAUUCGUUAGACGUCCUCCUUCGCCCAACCCCGUCACCCAUGCUUGAAGAGGUCGAAGAAAUCGAGGAAGAGACUGAGACGAUUGAUAUCAAAACUCAACCACAAGAUCAUGAAAUAUCAUACAUUCAGGCUCCAUCGAUCCAAAGAAAUCAGCCUGCUUUUGUAAAAAUGGCGGAUGGAAAGAUCCAGCAAGUUAUGAUGCAAAGUCCCCUUCAGAAACAACGUCAGAUCUUCAUGGGUCCAAAUGGUCAACUGUUCGAAAUUCAAUCUGCAGAGCCAAAACAACAACCUCAGCAACCGAUUGUCCUUGUUUUGCCGAAUUCAAAAAACGGCGAAACCCAAAAACUUAUCCUUCCCCCAAACCUCCUCGGCAAUUCCAAUAAUGGACAGCAAAUCAUCUACGUCAUCAACAACAGCAAUGCGAACAGCAAUGAUUCUCAAUCAAAAGCAUCCGGGUCGAAUAUGGGAAGUACCAGUGGCUUUGCAAAGAGUAGUUCAAAUGUGAACGUGAUUGAUUUGGCAGCAACGCGCGCUGGAAUCAGGUCGACCGAAAUCGACGUCAAGGAGGAGGAUAAAAUGGUCAAAGCCGAUGUUCAAGGACAUCAUGCUUACCCUAGCCCAUUUUCACAAGUACCCGUGCAAGAUCGCUCCCACCAGUGCAAAUUCUGCCACAAGAGAUUCGCCCGAUCUGACGAGUGCAAGCGCCACGAACGAAUUCACACUGACACUCGACCCUUUGCUUGCACUUAUUGUGACAGACGAUUCACUAGAAAAGACCACUUGCGGACUCACACGCGCUGCCACACGAAGGAAAAACCCUAUAAAUGUCCAAUCUGCGAUCGGAGCUUUGCGAGAUCUGACGAGCGAAUUCGCCACUUGAAAAUUCACAUCAAACGAGGCGAAACAACGAUGGAAGAAGCAAAGAACAAAAUCAGCCAAGCACUUAGAGACCAAACUCUUCAAAGAAAAACUCACAUUAUUUUCGAAGAAGUAAAAAGUCAAACACACUCCAUUCAGGGCUGUUUUGACCAGCUUCCAAAAUGUCCCCCAUGCAUUUGCGCCGAUCAAGAUCUGAUGGGCCUUUGCGCUCGAUCCUGCGGCUUAUGCCAUUCUCCAGAGGACAAUCGAAUCAAGUUCAAAAACGACAUCAUUUACUUGCUCGAUCAGCUGUUUGAUGCUCUCCCGCAUGAAUAUCGCCCGGAAAUCUUUUACACCGACACUAGUCAUAUUUACGAAGAAGCAGAGUAUCAUACGCCAGAUGAAGAUUCCAUGGUCCUCGCCGGAGUGCACAACUUGGACCACUUGACAGCGGAUGGCGUCGAUGACGUUCCAGAUGAAGUCUACGAUAAUAUCCAAGUCCGAAAUGCGAGACAGUAUUACAUCCAUCCUGAAUACAAUGCUAUGUCCGAUGAGCAUGAUAUUGCUGUACUAGAGCUUGAUGAGCCACUGACGCUUUCUGACUAUGUCCAGCCAGCUUGUCUUCCAAGCGGGGAGCCGAGGGUGAAUGAAUAUUGCGAAGUUGCAGGGUGGGGAGCUUCAAAACCUGAAAAUGCUAAUGAAGAUCGUGAGCAUCAGAGCCAAAACUGGCUUCUACAAAUGUUCGAGCUUGGAACAUCUUAUCCUCACUUACCAGCUUGGGGAUUCGAGCUAGAUGAAGCAAAGCAAACAGGAAACGAGCUGAAAUCUGGAAUCCUUCAAAUCGUCUCUCAACAAGCCUGCCAAAAGCAAUACGAAAACGACAUCAUCACUGGGAACAUGUUUUGCGCUGGCUCUAACGCUGGAGUCGAUACCUGCCUUGGCGACAGCGGCGGACCAUUGGUUUGCCACAAUCCAGGGGACCAACGAUGGGAAAUCACUGGUGUCACUUCUUGGGGACGAGGAUGCGGAGGAAAAUUUCCCGGUGUGUAUACAAAAGUCGUUCAGUAUCUCGACUGGCUAAGUCAUAUCGAGGCAGGAAAGGGUACACCAUCCCGUGUUGACCAUUUCCAAUUUGAGGAUGGUGACGAAGACGAUGACAUUUUCGAUUAUGAAGCUUCUGGUGACGACCUCUCCACUGAUUUCUACAAGUGUGGUUUCGAAGUCGAACUUCAAAUCCCUCAAAAUGGCGUUCCAGCAUCAGGAGUCAUCACCUCCCCCAAUUAUCCGAAAAAAUACUCGAGCGACGAGAAAUGCCGCUGGCUGAUCACUGCCCCUGCCGGCUUCCACAUCGAACUCAAGUUUACUUUCUUCAAAGUUGAAUAUGACACGUCUUGUCGAAAAGAUCGCGUAGAAAUACACCAUGAUGGCCAGGGGUUCUAUCUUUGCGGAAACGGCAUUCCAGAAGAUACAUUUACAACGACGGAGAAACAGAUGGAGAUAUUUUUCUCUUCGAACAAGCUUAUUAAUUUUCCUGGUUUCUCGGCAAUCUACACGAUCAAGCGAAAUCAGCAGCAAGUUAGCAAUAUUGCUGCUUCCUUCGAGCGAGCGGAUGAUCAACCAACAGGAGUGGAAACGGCUAUCAAUGGAAUCUGCGGACGACCCCUAAUAUCGCCCGAUCGAAUGGUCCGAAUCUUGGGCGGACAGCCGAUCCGACCAACUCAGUGGCCUUGGUUGGGAAUGCUGCUUGAAGAGGACGGAGAAUACAUCCAUAUGAAAUGCGGAGUGGCCUUGAUCUGUCAUCAGUGGGCGAUAACUUCCGGAGAUUGUGCUAGAGAAUUGACUUACGGUGAGAAAUAUGUGCACAAGGUUAAGUUUGGGAAUAUGCGUUGGGAUCAAGCAAGUAAACACCAGGAAGAAAUCUUGGUCAAGUCGAUAAUAGGAAAGUGCUCAGAAAUGCCUAACAUUGAAAAAGAACAUCCACUUUUCGAUGGCGGAUACGACUACGACAUUGCUCUGAUAAAAUUCGCUCGGCCAGUGGCAUUCAACGAGUAUAUCCAGCCGAUUUGCAUGAAAGACUAUGUUCACAAAAAGAAGGGCGGCUUCAAUUGCUUUGCGGCCGGAUGGGGAAUGAAUUCGCAGACGAUGUCUACCAGACAAGCACAUUCGGCAAAGAUCAACAUCGUCAAUGACGGCUAUUGCUCGCAAAUUUACAAGAAAAAGUACAGCACGCAGCAGAUGGGAGAUGGAGGAGCUCCGCUAAUCUGCGAGGCAGAUAAUGGAGAAUGGUUCCUGCAUGGGAUUUCAAUAUACGGACCUGGAUGCAAUAAGAGAGGCGAUGGACCCUCGGUCUUUGUUAGACCAUCGGUAUUUCUAACAUUUAUCGAGGAAGCGACGGGAGGCUGCGUGCGAUCGUUUUAA